GGAAAUUUGAAUGUUAAUGCCCGACUUGAUGAGAUUGUCUGCCGGUGAGGGCACGUCACGAACUCAGGUACAGGUGAGCCCGCCAGCCGACACUUCCAUCGUCUUCCUGCCGCCGCCAUCUUGUGCUCCAAACGAUAUGAACUACAUUGUGCAGGACACCAUCCAAGAACUACGGGCAGAAAUGCAGCAAGUCCUGACCAACACCAUCGACCAACUCUCUCUCACACACGACCCGAACUACGGCGGUCUUACAGCAGGGGAUUCCUACAACUAUGCACGGGACUGGCAACAGAAGUCUGCAGGGUGGUACUAUCCGUACUUCCAUGACUACAGUUUUCCGUGCCAUGAGAAGUACUCAGGCGGCGGCCCGGAGUUUCCAGGCGACCAUCCUGUGAUCGUGAACCCGAGGACUUUCUCGCCUGUCUCUCAGCCGUACCCGUGCGGCGUCAGGACGGGGAUGUACACCGACUCCGUCCCAGGCGGUGUCCGUGCAACCACCGGGCACAUGCAGCAUGGACACAACUACAACUCCAUAAACCAGGACAACAACGCACACAUGAAGUACAGGAACGACUUCGUGGGUUACGGCUCCGCGUCCAGCGGCAGCCCGAGCCCGCCCUCCGAAGCCAGCCCUCGGUACAGCGGCUUUGCCGACUCGCCGUCAGCUAACCGGCUACAGGGAUGUUCUGCACAAGACUCGGAGGACGAUGAGUUUUUUCCGAAGCCUCCCUACUCGUACAGCUGCCUGAUCGCGCUGGCCAUGAUGAAGAGUAGAACCGGCAACAUGCCCGUCACGGAGAUAUACAGCUUCAUCAGGGAGCACUACCCUUACUUCAAAACAGCGCCGGAUGGCUGGAAAAACUCAGUCCGGCACAACCUGUCACUGAACAAGUGUUUCCUGAAGAUCGAGCCGUCCCAGGCCGACCCGAACCGCAAGGGCUGUCUGUGGGCGCUGCACCCGGACAAGGUGGACAAGAUGAUGUCUGAGGUCCGUAAGUGGAAGAAGAAGGACCCGGAGGCCAUCAGGAGGAGCAUGGCGUAUCCCGUGGAUUUUCAUUACGACGGCUGUACCCCGUCGUCCUCGGGUAGCCCGUCUCCCGUGCCGUCCCCGGCCGAGGUGUGCCGGGGGCCCGCCCGGUCCCCGCCCGAGUCCUGUCGGGGCCCCGCCCAGGAGCCGGCGGCGUCCCACCCCGCAGCCGACCGCCAGCCGUACGUCGGCUACGUGGGGAACCGGCCUGACGACGCCUGCCUCAGACACAACGGCUACACCACACAGUCGUACAACCACAGCCAGAGUGCGCCCUCCCCAACUGCGCCGUCACCAGCUGACAGCAGCACGCAACCGUCUCCGGAAGGGAAGACCGCAUCGCCAGGAGGAGGCACGCCCGAUCAGACGCCGGACAGUUGGAUCAUCGUGCAGGGCGACCCGCUCAUGUACUCAGCAGCGUACUCAGUACACGAGCCGGCCUACAGCUUUAACCAGGGCCACUUCUACAACUCAGGAGCACCACUAACUCUGUACUAACUAGUAGAUAGACUUGACUGGUCUUGUAUAUAACCGUAUUAUUUAUCAACAACGUAGUUUAGCCGUAGUGGUAGUUUAGAAGUAGAAACUUAGUAUAGAUUUGCCAUGUAAAUAUGUAACCUUUCUUUAUGUAUAUUUGUACAGAAGGGCUUUUUUGUCAUUGUUCAGACGGCUAAAGAGUGACUGACAAUGACUUUGUCUUCGCCUAGACGCUCGCCAUGGCCUCUGUGAGAUAUUCUACCAUUGGAGAAAAUUCCCCAGCGAUUGUGAAUGAAUAGAUUGCAUGAAGUACAGACCCCUAACUCCUAAACCUGUGCCAGCAUUUACCAUAACCAUUAACGAUCUUGAAAAUCAACUAAAAUUUAAAAUCAUUAUUCGCUGGGCAGUCUGAAUGGUAGAGUAUCACAAUUUGGUCACGAGGUCUGCACGUAUCGCAUAGCUUCAUGGGAAUUCAACAGACCUUUCACCUUUGGGACAUCACAAGGGCAAACCCAAGGUCAAAUCUCAAGGUCAAAUCCCAAGGUCGAAUCCCAAGGGCAAAUCCCAAGAAGGCUCAAAGGAUGCCUAUGAUUCCUAAGUGCUAUGCCAAUAGGCGCAGGAAAAAGCGUCCUUUCAUUUUGUGCAAAAGGGCGAGCUGGUGAAAUUUUCUUUGUAUAAACGUGUAAAAAGUGUGCAGAAAAGAGACGGAGUUGCUUUAUUUUUGUAUCCCAUGUAAAACUUUGAAACUUUGUGAGUCAAAAAGUACCCAUAUAUUUUUCCAUUGUGUGUGAAUUUAUCGUGCUGUAAGUGCAAUACUUUUUUUACGGUGCAAUCCAGCUUUUUUUUGGAUUGAGAAACAGCUGACUUAACACACUAUGCUAGCACUG